AUGGCUUCUCUCAUGCGCCAGUCUUGCCUUUCGGCUUUCCGCGCGCCGUUGGCGACCAGGAACGCCGUCGGCGUCUCGCAGGUCGUGGCCUUCCACGCCUCCGCGAAGAAGCAGAUUCUGCCUCCUCAGCCUCAGACCAUCCAGGGAACAAUGAACGACCCGGCUCCCAUCCCUAAACCUCACCCCUCGCACGGUAGCUACCACUGGACCUUUGAGAGAUUGGUCUGUGUUGGCCUGAUCCCUCUCACUAUCGCUCCUUUCGCUGCCGGUUCCCUCAACCCUGUCACGGACGCUGUCCUUUGCUCGAUGCUUGUUCUGCACUCGCACGUUGGAUUCCAGGCUUCCAUCAUCGACUACUUCCCUGCGCGCCGUGUCCCCAAGACCGCCUCGCUGCUGAACUGGCUUCUCCGCGGCUUCACCCUUACUACCGCCGUCGGUCUGUACGAGCUCGAGACGAACGAUGUUGGUCUGACGGAGACCAUCAAGCGGGUCUGGAAGGCGUGA